AUGACUGAAUCGAAUGGCGGUGGACAGAGCCGGCUGUUUCGUCCACGGCGCAUUUCUUGCACGCCGAUUACAGCGCCAAGACGCCAACGUGUUGUUGCGCCCACUGCGAAUGCCUGCUGGUGCUGGUCGCUAGCGCAUAAACAGCGGAGCCUUGGCUACGCUGCGAUGAUGUAG